AUGGGAUUCGCAUCUCCAAUUCCGCUGCGACAAAGAGAAGCCGUGCCUCGAACUGCAGAUGCUUCUCUAGGACCGGCCCUGGCAUCUGGGCUCUCCCCCAUGGACGAAAUCACGCCCGCCGAUUCGGUUACGCGCCGCCAUGUGGACGCUGGCAAGCAGGCGACGGAGCUGGUGGCGGAGCUCAACGCCGAAGAGCCACUGCCGGCAAACAACUUUGCAUUCACGCCGUCUCAGUUGCACAAGCUUUUAAAGCAAAGGAGUCUUGCGGCUCUCGACAUCUUUGGAGGGCUCCGCGGCCUUGUGCUGGGCCUCCGUACCGAUAUCGCUGCGGGCCUGAGUGCUGAUGAGGCCAAUCUCGAUGGCACAAUCACCUUUGACGAGGCCGUUUCGGCUGCUCGCCAGGAUCGCGUGCCCGUCCUCUCGCCUGUCGAGGUGCCUCUUGCUCGUCCAAAUUUGACCUUUCAGAUAGGCGGACCGGAUCACCAGUUCAUCGACCGGAGACGCAUCUUCGGCGCCAACCGGCUGCCCCGACGCCGACAGAAAUCUUUCUUCAAGCUCAUGUGGAUUGCCUUCAACGACAAGCUCAUGAUUCUGCUUACAAUUUCCGCCUCUAUAUCUCUAGCAAUCGGACUGUAUCAGUCACUCACGGCUGACGAGGACACAUCCAAUAUCGAAUGGGUUGACGGAGUAACGGUCGUGGCUGCUAUUAUCGUCAUCGUCCUGGCAAGCGCCGCAACCGACUGGCAAAAGAACCACCGAUUCGAGAAGCUUAACGAGCGACAGCAGCAACGUGAUGUGACAGUCCUUCGAUCCGGCAGGAUACAACAAAUCUCGAUAUACGAUGUCCUGGUGGGAGAUAUCCUGCACAUUGAGGCUGGCGAAGUUGUGGCAGCCGACGGUGUGCUGAUUCAGGGCUCCAGCUUAUACAUCGAUGAGUCGUCCAUCACAGGAGAGACUCAGCUAGUCCGCAAAAUGGCCCCGGCGGAUUGCAACCGUUCUCGAGCCGUGGCUGAUCCCUUCAUCUUUAGUGGCACUACUGUUUGUCGUGGUGUCGGCCGCUUUCUUGUCCUUUCUAUAGGCGAAAACUCGGCCUACGGGAGGACGCUCAUGUCUUUGCGAGAGGAUAUCGAGGAGACGCCUCUUCAGGCCAAACUUGGAAGACUGGGCAAGCAACUCAUCAUGUUUGGUGCCACCGCAGGUGCCAUUUACUUUUUGAUCCUCUUCAUCCGAUAUCUGGUCCGAUUGCCGCACCACAGACACGCUCGCCCAACCCAGAAAGCCGAAGCCUUUCUUCGUAUCGUCAUGCUUGCCGUUACUAUAGUCGUAAUCACCGUCCCCGAAGGCCUGGCAUUGAACGUCACUAUCGCUCUUGCGUUUGCAACCACGAGGAUGCUCAAGGACCACAAUCUCGUUCGUCUUAUUCGGUCCUGUGAGAUUAUGGGCAAUGCCACGUCCAUCUGCUCGGACAAGACGGGAACUCUGACGCAAAACAAAAUGGCCGUUGUUGCUGGCCGUGUUGGGCUCGAAAGCGGUUUCGAGGAUUACGAAUUGCCUGUCACAGGCUCCAGCUCAAGUCCUGCCUCAUCGAGCUUGAUCAAGGACAGCAUAUCCCUCAACUCCACCGCGUUCGAGAGAGACGACUCCGCAAGCGCCGACUUUGUGGGAUCUAGUACCGAGACAGCCCUGCUCAAAUUUGGCCGAGAUCACCUAGGUAUGGGUAAACUUAGGGAAGAACGUGCCAACAACCCCAUCGUCGCCAUGCUCCCAUUUGAUUCAGCACGAAAGUGGAUGGCUGUUUUAGUAAAGCUUCCCAACGGCAAAUACCGACUCCUGGUCAAAGGAGCUGCUGAAAUCGUGUUUGAGUAUUGUGCUUUCAUAGUGGCAGACCCAACCUUUCAAUUCACCACCGCUAGGCUCGAGGAAUCGGAUAGGGAGAGCUUCCGCAAAACGAUCAACGACUAUGCUGUCAAUCUUCUUCGCCCAGUUGCUAUAAGCUUCCGAGACUUUGAUGAGCACGAAGUAUUUGAGCACCCAGACGAUGACCCUGCCUCUGUUAAUCUGGAAUGGUUGGCAUCGGGCAUGGUAUUCAUCGGCUUCUUUGGGAUCCGUGAUCCACUACGACCAGAAGUGGUCGAUUCCGUACGCAAGUGUCAAGAUGCCGGCGUCUUUGUGCGCAUGGUUACUGGUGACAACUUCCUUACGGCCAAGGCUGUUGCUACGGAAUGUGGCAUAUAUACCCCUGGCGGCGUUGCCAUGGACGGGCAAACGUUCAGAAAGCUUACGCCAUCGCAACGUGAUGCCAUCAUCCCACGCUUGCAGGUAUUGGCGAGAUCUAGUCCUGAAGACAAACUGUUACUCGUCACACGGUUGAGAGAGAUGAAAGAGACGGUGGCAGUUACUGGUGACGGAACAAACGAUGCGCUUGCUCUGAAAGCAGCAGAUGUUGGCUUUGCCAUGGGAAUGCAGGGCACCGAAGUUGCUAAAGAAGCUGCUUCUAUCAUUUUGCUUGACGACAACUUUGCAUCCAUUGUAAAGGCCUUGAGUUGGGGUCGGACAGUGAAUGAUGCUGUCAAGAAAUUCAUUCAGUUCCAAUUUACCAUCAACGUUACGGCAGGCAUCACAACAAUCAUCUCGGAACUUGUGGGUGAUUCUAUUUUCACUGUCGUGCAACUGCUCUGGAUCAACCUCAUCAUGGACAUUUUCGCAUCUCUCGCAUUUGCGACCGAUCAUCCUUCGCCAGAUUUCUUGAUGCGGAAACCUGAGCCUCGCAAUGCACCCAUUGUGACCAUUACCAUGUGGAAGAUGAUUGUCGGCCAGUCCAUUUACCAGCUUUUGGUCGUCUUUUUGGUACAUUAUGUCGGCUGGGAUAUCUUCAAUCCCGGAACCAAGCAUGAAAUUGACAAGUUGCAAACGCUAGUGUUCAACAUUUACGUCUGGAUGCAGUUUUUCAAUCAGCACAACUGUCGAAGAGUGGAUAAUAAACUAGAUAUUUGGUACCAAGGAAUUCUCAAGAAUCCUUGGUUCAUUGGAGUACAGCUUCUGACGAUUCUUGGUCAGUUCCUCAUCAUCUUCAAGGGAGGCGAAGCUUUCGACACGAAGCCGUUGACGGGAGCCCAGUGGGGAUGGAGUAUCUUGUUUGGCAGCUUGACCAUUCCGCUCGGUGCUCUGAUCCGCCAAGUACCUGAUGAACUGGUAGCAGAGGUUUUCCUCGGCUUGAAGAAGCUCUUCCUUUUCAUCACAACUCCCUUUCGAAGUGGCUGGGCCAGGAUUUCACGGAAAAGGAAGGCCCAGCUGGGAGAUAAUUCUCAGGAAGAGCUUGGAGUUGUUGAGAACUCGACUGUUCCCGCCAGUUCACCAGUUGCAAGCUCAUCAUUUGGCGGAGCAGACCAAAUCACUUCAGAUGUUAAAACACACCCUGCGAACAGCAAUAGCAUAGCUCAAAGCUCCGCAAUGGGUUCCAUGGGCUCUAUAUCUGAAAAGAUCGAGCUCGAUCUGCAAGCGUUGAUCAAUGCCGCCAAGAUAGGCCAGCUCGCCGACAAGGAGAUGUUCGAGAUUCAUCCUCGCACGCUGAAAAACGAUCCGAUCACAACACCGCGCUCAAAUACGGAAAUACCGCCUAGCCAGGACCCGUACAUUCUGCGGUACUUUGUUAGAAUUAGGAGACACAACAUUCGCGAGGCGACUAGCCAGCCGGUUCGCAGGCCCACGGUCCCAUCUCGGGCUACCUGGGUUGAGCCACGACGACCAGACCCUGCUCGAACAAGGCAGCAGCAAAAUCGACGAGAUUGGUUUUCUAUCGAAGGAUUGCUGAGGUCCAAGAGGCGAUAG